UGAACAUAUUUUUUCCCAGGACUAAUUUACGAAUAAUCAGUUACCUGCCGGCGAGUGGUGAUGGUUAUGUCUUUGCAUUGAGCCAUUCUGUUGCAUAACAGUUCGACUAUUCGAUAGAACCUUUGCUGGUUACGCAUUGCCCCUUCCAGUACCGCUGGCACCAAUAGUGUUUAUACCCGGUUGAAAGUGGCCCUCCUUAUAAAUAAAAUGACCUUAACGGCAACGAGGGUCGCAAAACACAUCUCGGGGGUGUUGACCCGUAGUUUCUCCACAACAAGAGUAGCAGCAGGUCAACUCACUGUUCGUGAUGCUCUCAAUUCUGCCCUGGAUGAAGAAAUGGAGCGGGAUGAAGGGGGGGGACUCCGACCAGUUUGUGAAUUUAUGACAUUCAACUUUUCAAUGCAAGCCAUUGAUCAUGUCAUCAAUUCUGCAUCAAAAACUUUCUACAUGUCAGCUGGUUUGAUCCAUGUUCCUAUUGUAUUCCGAGGCCCAAAUGGAGCUGCUGCUGGAGUAGGAGCUCAGCAUUCCCAAUGUUUUGGUGCCUGGUACUCCCACUGCCCAGGCCUUAAGGUUGUUUCACCUUACUCUUCUGAAGAUGCUAAGGGUUUGCUUAAGGCUGCCAUCCGUGAUUCUGAUCCUGUAGUAGUUCUAGAAAAUGAGAUAAUGUACGGUACUGCGUUUGAUGUUUCCGAUGAGGUUUUGUCGAAGGAUUUUGUCAUUCCUAUUGGCAAGGCUAAAAUUGAACGACCAGGUCAUCAUAUAACUCUAGUGGCACAUUCACGAGCUGUGCUCUUAGCACUGGAGGCUGCAAAAGCACUUGCUGGUGAGGGAGUGGAAUGUGAAGUCAUAAAUCUUCGAUCUCUAAGGCCAUUAGAUGAAGGUGCCAUUGUUAACUCCGUAAUGAAGACACGAAACCUUGUUACUGUUGAACAGGGAUGGCCACAGUGUGGUAUUGGAGCUGAGAUCUGUGCUAGAAUAGUAGAAAGUCCUGCCUUCCACUACUUGGAGUCCCCAGUGAUUCGUGUAACGGGUGUUGAUGUACCUAUGCCUUAUGCCAAGAGUUUAGAAGCUGCUUGUAUCCCUCAACAACAUGAUGUUGUGAAAGCUGUUAAAAAAGUACUCAAGAUUAUAAAGUAAAGUUGCACAAAACAAAUAUAUUCUAAAAAUUUUUUUUAUUAAAACUGUUUUCUUUGUACAUUUGUUGGCAUAACUCUUGUUGUAAGGACAAUUUUUAGUGCAUUUUUAUAAGUAAAUUAUUGGACAAAUAGAAAUUUAGGCAUAUCAGUUUUAAGUUAGAACAUACAUACCAUAUUUCAGUACAUUAAUGUUAUUGACAGUUCAUUGUAGAAAUGAUGAAAUAGUAAUGGUUACCUAUUGUUUGGCAGUGACCUAUCUUGUAUUAUAAAAAAUGAUGUAAAUAGUGCUUCACCUUAAUAAAAAAAAUAUGAAAUUAAUAAA